AUGGUAGGUAGACCUUUGUGUCGAUCUGCCCCAUGGCAUCAGUCGUCAGGCCAACUGUAUUUCCACAAAACGGACUCCGCCCCACCCGACUGUCUUGCUGUGCCACCCGCCCUCUCUCGUGCAGGUAGGCCUGAAGAAAUGGGCUCUCGGAGUCGCGCCCUCUCUGCAGCCAUCUCAAAUCCCACGCCACGACUUGGCGAGCCCCACGAUACACCGACCGAGCUGGUCGGGGUGGUCGGGGUGGUCGGCCCGAGUGGGAUCUCCUCCAACCAGCCUCAUCGGUCCUCUUUGCCCAAAGCAGCCAGGCCAGGCAAAUGGGCCGAAUGCACACAUACACACACACACACCCCAUGCAGUCGUGCACCAACACACCGGGAUCCCAAGCACACACACGUUCGACUGCACUUUCAUGUUGGCUCGGCCAGUCUCUGGUCUGCAUUGAAGCCGGCCGAGGGCAUGCGGCUCGGCUGCGGGACGUCCGGGCUGGGGCAGGUCGGCGGAGAGCGGAAAGCGGAGGGUUGA